AUGAAAAACACCUCAAUCGAUCAAGAGAAGGUCAGGGAGAUGAUGAAGUAUAACCUUGAUGACUUAUUUCAAGAUCCGCAUAUUUUUGAGUGGCCUCCAUUAGUAUAUGAAGAGCUACAGAGUGAUGGCUGGAAUCAUCUCACAGAGGCAGUUGUAGGGCCAAAAUACAAAUCUAUAAAACCCUUCUUCAAGACCAGGAAAAUAAAGCUUCAGAGGCAACUAACUCUUUUGAACAAGAGAAGAAGAGGGUUUCUUUUGAACCACCAAAAUAAUGAGCAAAGAGUACUAUUCGAUGAAAAUGUAAAGAAGGCACUUGAAACUCCUUCAAAACCUAUUGUAAAAAGGAAGAAGAAGAGUAAGAUUCACAAGUUCAAUGCUCCUACAUUCGAAACCGCCAAGGCUAGGCAGAAUAGAUUUUCCAUCAUUACUCUCAGGAAGGAAUUCAUGGAGGAAGUGGCCAAAAUUGAAAAUAGACAGAUUGGCACCAAAAAAAAAAGCGUACCCUUAACAAAUCAAAUAAGGAGAUCUGAGAGGAGAGGCAUCUCUCAAAGGAUCAGUCCACAAGGGCAUUCUCCAAUUUUUGAUAUGAAGAAACCGAUCCAAAAUUAUCCCAAAAAUAGUCAACUCCAGAGUUCUCCACUCUCGGAGAAAAAGAAGCAGCAAAAAGAAAUGACAGAUUUUGAUAUAGGCAAUGAGGUGAAGCCAGCAUUGGGAGAUUCAUUAAGUCCCUCUUCAAACCAAAAAACGCAGAAAACUCACAAAAAGAUUCCGAAAGCUUCUAAAUUUAGGUUAAUUUCAAAUUCUUCAAUAAUAACGUACAAGAAGGCUUUCUUGAAGAGUUUGAAGAAGAUGCCUACUGAGAAAUCAAGGAGGCGCUUAAAUUUAGGGAAUUCUUCAAACUCAAAGAUGUUGUCCAAAUCCAAGCCAGACUCCAUGACAAUAUAUGGCUGUUAUGCUGAACAGAGUAGAGGAAGCACCGGCACUCGUAACUCGACAAUGCUACCAAAAGGCUCUUCAGGUACUACAUUGCCAGACACUGCUUCUCCUCUAGCAGUUCAUAAAAGAUUUGCAAGGAACAACAUUCGGCUCAAGAGGUUAGCAUAUUAA